AGCUGGAUGUUGAGUGACAGGAAGGGACACACUGAGAUUUAGAGGGACAGCGUACAAGUCGAUAUAGGACACAGAGAUAGCCGCAGAGGGAGUUCUAUAGUGACCCCCAGCCUUCAAGUGGAAUUAUCGUAGAUUGCUAUCUGUGUCACAGUACCAUACAUAUUCUCUGCCCCCACUUCUGCCCAAGAAGUUGCCCAGCUGGAAUGCAUAGAUCUGAGUCAAUUUACUGCAGACAGGAGAUUACUCUGGCUCAAGAAGGUAGCGAUUCAUGGGUCCCUCCUGCGGCUGCUGCUGCCCCUGACUCUGGCCUGACUCCCAGCUCUCCUCCAGAUCCAGAAAGCCCUGUCCCCAGUCCGCAGCCUGGGUAUGGCUACAGUGCUUGCGAGGAAAAACCUGGCGACCCCAGGAUCCGGCGCCCCAUGAACGCCUUCAUGGUUUGGGCAAAAGAUGAACGGAAGAGACUGGCACUGCAGAACCCAGACCUUCACAAUGCGGUGUUAAGCAAGAUGCUUGGUCAAUCCUGGAAGAGCCUGAGUGCUAUUGAGAAGCGCCCCUUUGUGGAGGAGGCGGAAAGGCUCCGGAUUCAGCAUCUUCAGGACCAUCCUAAUUACAAAUACCGCCCACGUAGAAAGAAGCAAGGGAAGAAAAUGAAGCGCGUGGAGUCUGCCUCUCUUCUAAGGAAUGAAGGGUACAGAGGUGGCCACCAACCCACAAACAUCACUCAGUUCCGGGAACUGCACACCUUGGCUUCAAGUGAGCUGGAGAGCUAUGGUCUUCCCACCCCAGAGAUGUCCCCUCUGGAUGUUCUGGAGCAGAGUGAGACAGCUUUCUUUCCGUCUCACAUGCGGGAAGAUACAGAACCAAUGCCGUUCAGAUCUUACCAACAUGGACUGGACUUUGGCCAAGAGAAAACCCUAAGAGAGAUUUCUUUGCCAUACUCCUCAGCGGCAUCUCACAUGGGUAACAUCCUUAGGACUCCUCCGUCCUCUGCUUUCUACUAUGGCCCUCAGGUCGGGCCACCAACCUGUGCACCACUUGGUCAGCUCUCUCCACCUCCAGAGGCACCUCCGCUGGACCCUAUAGAACAUCUUAGCCAGGCUGAGCUGUGGAAUGAUGUUGACCGGAACGAGUUUGACCAGUAUUUAAACAUGAGCAGGACACAAUUGGCUGGGCAAGGUUAUCACCUGCCAAUGUCCAAGUUCAAUCCCUCGAGGACUAUACCAUGUGAGGAAAGCAGCCUGAUAUCUGCCCUGUCUGAUGCCAGUACUGCUAUGUACUAUAGCCCUUGUAUCACUGGUUAGAAGGUCCCAGAAAACUAAAUGUGGUGACAUAAAGGAAGAGAGGGGCAUAAUCAGAGGGGUGAACGUAUAUGUAUGUGGGUAGUUGUGGAGCUGUGGAUUGCCCGCUGCAAUGGUCUUUGCAUGGGCAAGACUACAGGCCACAGAAAAGUGCAAGAGAGAAAGAGGAGGUUAGUCGGGAUAGAGGCUUUAGAUGUAGCCCACGUGUAGCAUAGAUUGGGUCACUGGAAAAGUGAAGCUCUCACUCAUGCAACAUUCACAAAAAUUAUUGUUGCUCUUUAGUGAGUUAUACCAUGCAUGUACUCUUUGGUAGAGGUUCUCUGACCCAAGAAUGGUUAAAAAGCCAAAGACCAUGGGUCAAAUGCAGUAAGUGACGUAGGAAGAAGCUUCUAAUCUAGGGAUGCAAGAUCUCAACUUUAAGGGGGGAAGUUAAUUAAAAGUAAAAAUUAAACCGUAUGAUAAGUCAGCAAUUAUUCUGAUGAAGAGACCUACGGUAUACUUUUUCCAUAGCCAUACAUACCCCCAAGAAGUGACAUCUUUCCCCUUGUGAGUUAGUGACCUUUGUACUAUGAAAUGUGCAAAGAAUAUAUUGAAGGAUGAAUUACAAAUGUUAAAAGAAUGAAGUGAGAUUUUCCAAACGGAAAUUCCACUGAUAAAGAAGGACUAAAUGUCAAAAUGCCACAGAAGGAAGGAAGUGCCCCUUGACUUCACCUCUCACCUAUAGUCCCCCGAGGACCAGGCAUUAACCCUUUGAGUGCCAGUCGGGUGAUGCUUUUUGAUUGCGCAUGGUAUCCAAAGGGUUAAUGCACUAGACCUUUCCUCUAACACCUCUCGUUAUUCAGGGGGUGCUGUAAGAUUGUUCAGCAAAGAAAGAGUUAAUGUCUUAACCACAUGUAGCAUCUCUAUUUUUUGGGAAUCUCUCGGACAGGAUAGGGUUAAUCGCAAGAAGCAGUGUAACAGUCAAGUGCAAGUGGGCACGUAUGCCUGAGAGGGUAUCAUCGGAUUAUGGACUAAACUGUACAAUGGACUUCUGCUAAUACCCCUCAACCUGUAACAGUGGGUGCAGGCAGUAAUUUCCCCACAAUGGGGUGAUGUCUUGGCCAUGCCGGACCCUUGGGCAUUUAUACUGCCUGUAAAGGACAGAAUAAUUGUGGAGGGAUGGUGAUGGUAGAAUUUCUACAGUGUGAAUUUAAGACUUUGCUGUUUGUUUGUUUUUGUUUUUUAAUUAAACAUUUUUAUAAGAGAA